CUCACUGUUCAGUGUACAGUGUCUACACUAGUACAGUCAGUGCAGUUAAAAAGUACAUACGUAACAAACCUUAUAUAAUAGUGGUUGUAAAAAUUUUAUUCUUGCUGCUUUAAUUUUUGUAGAUUACUGUGAAAUCGUAAAAAUGUCUGUUAGCAGAAUAAUUGCACGAUCUUUUUCCUCGUCGGUUAUCACGCAGCAACUGGUGAAGCCUCCAAUUCAAGUUUUUGGGUUAGAAGGCAGAUAUGCAACAGCUCUUUUUUCAGCUGCAUCAAAACAGAAAGCUUUGGAUGCAGUGGAAAAGGAUUUGGUCACCUUUCAGGGUCUCUUGAAAACAGAUGCUAAAUUAGCAGAUUUUGUAAAGGAUCCAUCAAUAAAACGGAAAGAUAAAGCAGAAGCUUUUAAAACUAUUGGAUCUAAAGUCAGCAUGAAUCCAGCUACUGCAAAUCUGUUGACAUUACUUGCAGAAAACGGUCGAUUGACAAAAAUCAAUCAAGUCAUCAAUUUAUACAAAUUAAUUAUGGCUGCUAAUAGAGGAGAGGUAGUAUGUGAAGUUGUUACUGCAAAACCACUUGAUGCGGAUACAAAGAGUAAACUUGAAUCAGCUUUGAAGGGUUUUUUGAAAAAAGGUCAAACAAUCUUGCUCACUACGAAAGUAGAUCCUUCCAUUAUUGGUGGAAUGUUAGUAUCAAUAGGCGAUAAAUAUGUAGACAUGAGUGUUGCUAGCAAAGUUAAAAGAUAUACUGACCUUAUUCAAGCUGCAGCAUAAUAAAGUUCUGCAAUAUGAAGUAAUGAAAUAAAUAACUCACAUAGACAUAUUUAAAUAUCAUGUAAAAUGUUGAACAAUAAAUAAAAUUAUAUAAUUAA